AUGAUCGCCGCCGCCUCCGCCCUCGCGUCGAGGUUCGCCGUCGCGACCGCGCUCGAUCGCAUCGCGCCCGCGCGCGUCGACGCGCGCGCGCCGCGUCGCGCCGUCAUCGAGUGCGCGCACAAGAAGGGGACGGGGUCGACGAAGAAUGGCCGCGAUUCCAACCCGCAGUACCUCGGCGUGAAGAAGUACGGCGAGGAGAAGGUGCAGGUCGGAUCGAUCAUCGUUCGUCAGCGAGGGAACAAGUUCCACGCGGGCGACGGCGUCGGGACGGGUAAAGAUUUUACGCUGUACGCGCUCAGGGACGGCGAGGUCAAGUUUAAAGUCGGCGCGAAUAAGAAAAAGUUCGUGACGAUCGUCGACGCG